CUCCAGUUGUUGUUCAGACCUCAUAGCGGUUACCACGUUGAUCAUGAUGAUGCUCAUUCAACUCUCACAAUAAACAUUCUUCUCAAAUAUAUUCAUUUAAACACCGUUAAUCAAAACAACAUUAUUAUUGAUAAUUUUUUAUUUAAAAAAAAAAAACAUUUCAGGUAAAAGAUUUUACAUUACACUGCAGUAUUUAAAUUUAUUUUAAAUAUUCAAAACUUGUGAAGUAAUAAAAUUUAAGUGUUUCUUUUUUUUAAAUAGUUAUAUUGUGGAAAAAAAAAAAUAUGUAUGGUUGUGUUUUAAUUUAAAAAAUAAAAACGUGCAAAAAAAAAAAGUGGCUGCAGGAUGUGAAGAUUGUGAAGCGACAAAGCGCAGAGAAAAAAUUUUUCAAGUAAAGUAAAACACACGCAAAGUCGUUUAAAUUGUGAUAAAAAAUAUAAAGAGAAGAAAAAUAAAAAUAAAAACACCAAGGAAGAUUUAAUGGGAGCACGUGUGAUUUUAUAUUUAUUUUUAAAAACAUAGUAAUGCAAUGUCACUGUGUUUUAUGGUGUUAAUAAUAGUCAAAGGAUACUAACAACAUCCAAAAUGCGAAGUGAGGUAGGAGAAUGGCUAGCAACAUGUGUUGGUUCACCAAUUUGCAUUUUAUUGUUAUCCUGGUCACUUCUUAUAUAUCAAAAUCAGCCAUCGUCCUUGAAAAGAAGGAUCGAUGUACUCACUGUUGCAAUUAUAACUGAGAGUCUUGCUCAUCAACUUGGUUUAUUACUUUAUGCCAUACUUACACUCAUUAGACCAGCCAACCAUUUUGGUGAAAUAUGCUCAACACUUGUUUGGCUGUUAAAUUCAUCAAGUAUACUUCAAGAAUUGACACUAACAUCAAUUGCUGUAUUUACAGCAAUACGAAAAGAUGAUUAUCACAUAACAAAAAGUCAUUUAAAAUAUCACAUGGUAUCAUUGACAGUUAUAAGUGCAUGUAUUGGUCUAACUGGUAUAUUAAAUUUUCAAUCAGAAACAUGUGUUUUUUUGGCUGAAGAUGUAUCAGCAAAAUACGGAAUGUUUAUAAAUUGUUUAAGAAUAUUUUUAUUAUUAACAACAAUAUGUGGUCUUUGUUGUGCAAUAUUUAAAGAUGCAUGUAGAUCACCAAAAUCUGAAUUAUUACAAUCAGUAUCUGAUUUAUCAGAAGCAAGCUCAAAAAAUUCAUCUGGUGCAUUUGAUUGUCAUACACAACAAUGGGAUCCAUCAAGUGGUUCAUAUACAAGUGGAUCAACAAAUUCACGUGCUUGUUUGAGAAAAAAAAAACGUCAAGUUGAUGAAAGUGGUAGUAAAUCAACUGUUUUUAGCAUUUUAUUUGUAUGCUAUAUUUUUGAUCAUCUACCUGUAUUGGUUGUAUCAAUAAGACCAGAUUUAUUGAAAGGACUUUGUACUGUUCAAAAUGUUGCUAUUUGGCUGCCACUAAUUAAAGACACACUUUUACCAGUUUUUUUAUCAAUUUUUGAUAAAAUGUUUUGUCGUUAUGUUGCCAAAGUCUACACAAAACAAGACAAUUCUCGUAAAAUGGCUCAUUGUGGAGUUGAUGGUAAAUUUCGUCAUUUUGAACAAGACACCGAGUACAAACUUCAAUUAAAUUUAAACCAUGGAUUAAAAUUUCCACUGACAAAUGGAAGUCUUUAUGGAAGACUUCACAAUCAUCAAAACCGCACAAGAACUGGAACAAUAACAAUGGGAAUACAGCAUUAUCCAAGAUCACAUUCAAUAAAUGAUGAUAAUAAUUAUGGCUCUUUGCCAGCAGAGUUGACAUCAUUUACAAGUUCAACAUUUGAGCCACGUCAACAGCGUGAAAAUUUUAAAAUUAAUAUCACUGAACAUCAAUCAUCAUCAUCAACUGAACGUCAACAACAACAACAACAACAACGUCAAAAUAAUAAUAGUUUUGAUUUUUUAAAUAGACGUAAAAUUGGUAGUACUGAUGUGUUUGGACAAAAUAUGGAAAAUCUUGUUCAACUUGAUGUGCCAAAACGUAAAUUUGCUAAAAGUUUAGAUGAAAUUAGAGAAGAAGAUCCACGUAGACAAUUAAAAUGUUUUAAAAAAUUAGAUAAUAAUAAUAAUAAUAAUAAUGAUAAAUUAAAAGAUAAAAAAAGAAAAGAUGAACAAGAAUUUACACAUAAUUUAGUACGUAGAAAUCAAAGUUUUGAUUAUGCAAAUUAUAUAAGAAAUAAGCAUCAUGAUUCACGUACAUAUGAUAUUAAAGAAUUUUUAAAUAAUAAUAAUAAUAAUAUUAAUAUUAAAAAAAGUAUAUUUGAACAUGAAAUAAAUUGUUAUGAUACAUCUGAUGAUGAAAGCUAUGAUUCAAAUAGUGGUGAUUUUGAUGAUGGUAAUAGUUCAUGUAAAAGUCGUAGUUGUUGUUCAGUAACAACAGUUGCAAAUGAUGAUUUUGAAUUUUAUCAACGUAAAGAUAAUAAAGUUGAAUUAUUACCAUCUAAUAAAUUAAUUGAUAAUAAUAAUAAUACAAAUAUGCGUACAUUUAAACCAAAAAUUAUUGUUAAAAAUUGGACAAAUGAUGAUAAUUUAAAAAUUAAAUUUAAUCAUGAUGAUAAACCAAUGAUACAAUCUUAUCAUUUAAAAAAAAUAACACCUGGUUAUUCAAUGAAUGAUUUGGAUAAAUUUUAUAAUGAUAUUAAACAACCAAAUUUAUCAAUGACUAAUUUAAAAAAUGCAUUGAAAUAUACAAAUAUUAGUUAUCUUGAUAAUGGGGAAAUUUGUAGACACAGUAUUGGUGGUUCAGUACCAGAUUUAAAAAAAAUAUUUGUAACUGAAUUUAUUUAAUUUUAUAAUAUCUAAUAAAUUAAUUAAUACAAAUAUAUUAUGUUAAUAAAUAAUAACAUUAGUAUUUUUUAUUUUAUUUAUAAGUAAAUAAUUAAAUGGAAUUUUUCUUUUUUUUUUAUUCUAAUUCAUGUAAUAUAUGUGUUAAAUUAAUUAUUAACAAAGUCGAAUAAACAAGUGUAUAUAAUAUCAUUGUAAAUUAUUAUUGUAAUAUUAUUUGUGUAUGAAUUAAUUGAUUAAAAAUUAUUUGUAUAAAAAAAA